AUGGCGAAGCACAGCACCGACGAGAAGUUCGCCCAGAUGGAGCGCAUCGAGCAUGUUGAGACGACAGACGAUGUGGUGAAGCCAAAGAUAGAGAAGGUCGACGAGUUUGGCGCGCACUCGAAGACAGACCCGAAGGAAAUUGCGAUCGUGAAGAAGAUCGACUGGUACAUGCUGCCCAUCCUAUGGCUCAUGUACUUCAUGAACUUUCUCGACCGCAACGCUAUGAUCAACGGCAAGCUUAACAGUCUUUCCAAAGACCUGGGGCUCAAGGGCAACCAGUACAAUACCUGCGUGUCAAUUCUGUUUGUCGGAUACUUGGCUGGACAAAUCCCUUCCAACAUGAUCCUCAACAGAGUGAGACCGUCGAUGUUCAUGGCUGGGUUCUCCAUGGCGUGGUCCAUUGUCAGUUUGCUCACCUACUUGACCCAUGACUACAAGACCAUGCUUGUCUGCCGCUUUCUCCUUGGCAUCGUGGAAGCUCCGUUCUACCCCGGCGCUCUCUACAUGCUUAGCAUGUUCUACACCCGCAAGGAGCUCGCUACUCGCAUGUCCAUCUUCUACACCGGCAACAUGCUCGCCAGCGCCUUCUCCGGCCUCAUCGCAGCGGGCAUCUUCGCCGGUCUGGACGGCAAGCACGGGCUCGCCGGCUGGCAAUGGCUCUUCAUCAUCCAAGGCGCCGUCUCCAUCGGCGUGUCGAUCGCCGCCUUCUUCCUCCUCCCCGACGCGCCCCUCAAAACCCGCUGGCUCACGCCCUCGGAGCGCCAACUCGCGCACAACCGCAUCUUCAUCGACACCACCGACCGCCAAGAGUCGGGCACGUCCGUCUGGAAGGGCCUGCGCGAAGCCGCGACCGACUGGCGCACGUGGGUCUUCUGCUUGAUGGACAACCUGCACCUGUCAGCCAACGGCUUCAAGAACUUCCUGCCGACGGUGGUCAAGACGCUCGGCUUCGACACGACGGUGACGCUCGUGCUGACGUGCCCGCCGUACAUCGUCGCCGGCAUCGUGUCCAUCCUCGUCUCGCACAGCUCCGGCCGCUUCAACGAGCGCACCUGGCACACGACCGUCUCCAAGCUCAUCGCCUGCGCCGGCUUUGCGAUCGGUGUGGGCACGCUGAACACGGCGGCGCGGUACGUCGGGAUUAUGCUGUUCGUUGGAGCGACGUAUGGUGUCAAUAACAUCAUUUUGUCGUGGACGGCCAGCGUGCUGGGCCAGACGGAUGAGAAGAAGGCGGUGGCGAUUGCCAUGUGCAACACUUUCGGUAAUAUUGCGAGUGUGUACACGCCGUACCUGUGGCCGGAUACCGCGGCGCCGAGGUUUUUGGCGGCGAUGCUGGCGAGUAUUGGGUUCUCGAUUGGCGUGGUUGCGUGUGCGUGGGUCAUGAGGUUUGCGCUGAAGAGGCAGAACCGGAAGAUGAAGGAGAUGGAUCCGGGCGUGACGAACUUGUAUGUGUACUAA